CUGAUUAUUCUAGGGACAUCGCCGGCCAUUGAGACGUGAUUAUCGACUGGCGACCUCAUUAAAGGUGGACUAUAGGAGACCAUAGACAUGGGCUGCACUCAGACAGAUGACUCCAGCUCUAGUAGUCCAUCACUUGAGGACCGAUCGGAUCAGGCGAUUGUUCACUCAAAUCUCACCAUGGGUGUCAACUUCACUGUUCAGGCUUUACGAAGUGCCUCCGACUUCCUGGUUGCAUGCGCGCCUGCACUAAUUGCAACGCGCAGCAUCUCUGCCAACUUCGCCCUUACAACAACAUAUGCCCUUGCGGAACGUCCUGCUGAACUGGAUGUUUCUGCAGUCACAGAAGAUCUCUGGUUCUCUGCACGUUCUGCUGGAGAUGAUGAUCCUUCUGAUCAUGCUGGCAGGCUCGCUUCGUCCGUCGACCCCAGGACCCUCCCGACAUCGCAUAUCGAUGCUGCCAUGCGUCAGCUCGUCCAAGCCGCUGAGGACGCGAACGUACCUGGCACACGCAUCUUCGGUGUCAUCGGUCCCAAGGCCCUCUGCGAACCCUUCGCGAGUGUCUGGGGCUCCGUGUACGGCCUUCGGCCCAAGCUUGUCAUGGACUUCGCGCUCGCCCACGUUACGCGAUCGACUCUACGCCGACCCAUACGAUCUCUUGCCCCCAACGUCAAGUUCGACAUCUGCUCCCCCGCAGAUCUAGACGUCGCAGCGGCCAUGUGUGAGUGCGCCACACAUCCCAUGGACGAACCGGUGCCUCCACCACUCGACGCUGCGGCGGCCCGUGCGCAUGCGAAGAAGCUGAUCGACGGCAGGUGUCUAUACGGUGCGCGAGUGGACGGUGCCCUCCGUUCGCUCGUAUCGAUCACGCGAGAAACGCCUGGGGUCAGAGCUGUUUCGAAAGCCUAUACGGACCCGGAGGUUCGUGGGCAGGGCAUCGCGGAGGCCCUCGUACGGUACGCGCUAGAAAGUGUUUGCUUGUUCUUUGAGCCUAGCAACCCCAGUGCCGUUCGUCUAUACAGGAAGAUUGGCUUCUCCAUUACCUCGUCGGGCGAGAACGAAGAAUGGGCAGAAGUCGCGUGGGAGGACUAUUGACUGCCCCAGAUCUAUUUAUUGCUGCUUGUACAUCUCAUACGUAUGAGUAUUAUGAGGUUUUGGUGGUCUUUGCUGACAGGAAGAUAUGCUCCGUG